AUGCAGCUGGGAGAGCUCCAACCACGGACUACGAUAUGCUUUCGUCCUAGCAACGCAAUUGCUGGCCUCAUCAACCCUCACCAAGACCCAUGGGAGGUGGCCCGCCUCAAGGCCCAACACGGCAUCUCGGUCAAAUACCGUGGCGACCCAAGUCUUCCGGGCAAUCACAGCGCCGCCAUUCCCGACGCAGAAAACUGUUCCUUUUGGAUCAUCGACCUGCCUCCAGACGUGACACACAACCAGCUCCUCCGCUGCAUCCGCAACACGGGCCGCGUGCACGCGUGCGUCAUCAACCCCCCUGACCCGCGCAACCGACACUAUACUGCAGCCGCCAAGAUCGUCUUUUUCGACCUCUGGGCGGCUGAAAAAUUCAUGAGCGACACGUUCUUCUGGGGCUUCAUUGUCGGUACCCAUUGCGCCCGCGUCAAGCGAAAUCGCAUCAAGUCGGCGCCGCAGCCGCACGCUGGGGAUCGGAGCCGUGUGCUCAUCAUUGAAGGGCAUCCGAGUUUUGUAAAUGCCCGUGAGCUAACACGAUAUUUCGACGCAAAGUUCCAGUAUCAGGUUGACAGUGUCAUUGAUGUGUAUCGCACUGAGGAUGUUGGAAUCGUUGAGUACAGAUUUGGGAGUUAUCGCUGUCAGGCGCAAACGGCACGCAUGGCGAUCGAGACGGAGCACAUGGGCUCAGGCAGCAGUGGGCUUGUUUACGAUGUUUUCUUUGGCCGUGACCCUUGCGAUGUGAAGAUUGGGAGCUUCUUGCGGUUUCCUGGGUUUUGA